UCAUGCGCUCGGACCGAGCCGUGACCUGCUGCUCCGGCUAUGCUAGAGGUCCGUACCAACAUAUGUUCCGCAUAAAAUCCAGUAAAUACCAGUUAUUUGUGAAAUGUAACGCAUUAAACGAUACUGGUUUAGUGAUUAUAGAAGGUAACCAGCGCAGCAGCAGUGAUUCUCAUGAGCGGCGAUCGGUAUUUAGUAGCGCAUGUUUAUAUUUUAAGUUUACCUCAGCUAGCUGGCUAGCUAACUUAAGCUUGUUUUCCAGCUAACCAAAAGUGAAACUGGAAUAUGAGCUACAUGGUUGCAAGCUUUCGGAGUUUGUCUCUAAAUUAACUCAAUCGAGGUAUCAACUCUGUAACAAACAAGACAUAAACAUGGUUGCUUCCUGGCUUUAGCAGCAGCUUGACCCUCAUCAUCAUGGACUCCUGAAAUCCUUAGGCUUCAGCGACUCAUCUGGUCGCUGGUUUGGGACGAGGUCACCUUUCAGCCUAGAACCUGUCUGACCUCCCAAGAAGAGGGAGCGAGCAGAUGGGGAACUGUUGCUGUCGCCCUGAGAGUCCCUGUGGCAGUGCGGAGGAAAGAAGUGGUUUGCUGAAAGAUGACCCGAAGGCCACGGUGCCUACAGGUGAAACACUUGUGGUGGGCAACUGUGGUCCUGAAAAAGAUGAUGACAUCAGGAAAGUGCCUGAAGAGGCCAAUAUAAAGGUGGAGGAGGCUGUGCAGGUGAAGCAGAGUCCUGAGGUUGCAGAGAUGGAGCCUAAUAACGUUCAAGAGAAUGGACCCUUGCAAAAGGUCGUCUUACAAACGGCAACGCCUUCUUCCAGCAAAAAAUCUGAACUCAAAGAAAACUUCACCAGAGCACAAGAUAAAGAUGUGAAGGACCGUCCUAGUGGACAAGCUGAACCCCUGCAAUGCACUUGGAAAGAACACACCACAGCUGUUAAUGAGGCUUUUACAGUUCUGGCAUCAGAAGAAGAAAAGCCAGCCUCAGUGCAGGACAAAAUCCCUGACAGCAGCUCUCUGACAGCAGAGGCAGUUUGCCCUGAAAACCAUACUGAGACAAACGCAACAAGAGAGCACAAUACAUUGGACACUACUCGUGAUAAUGAUGAAGAAGUGGGCUCAAAAGUCACUAUUGAAAACGCUGUAGCCGAGCCAUCAGGGGAGUCUUCUCAAAACAAUGAAGCGUUAUCUGUGUCAAACCCUGCAGCAGCUUGUCGGGUGUCGUCCAUCUCUGGGGUCAGUCAGGAAAACGAAGAAGAGUCUCCGAGCUGUGCUGUGACAGAGGAUUCAGUGAAAGGGAGUUCUUCAGUGUGCAAGGAGGCCGGUCCUGAAGUCAUACAAAUCCAUGGUGUCUGUGAGUCUUCUCCUGAAUCGGAGCCCAUGGGACUCGACCACUGUGGUGAGGAACGAGACUCCGCCGACUGUGUCAGGGAGCCAGAGCCCACAGCCCCGGCAGACGCCAGCCAGAGCUCAAAGUCUGAUCAGGAUGCACAGCCAGAUCUUGGUUGUACAGCUAUGACCUCAAAGGAGGUCACUUCCUUGGAGAGCUUCAAACAGGAUAUUGGAGAGGAAAUGAUGCCUAAAGGACAGGAGAAAGAUAGAGAUGUUCCCAAAGCGAAGGAGGACGAUGAGAUUAAGAAGGAGGUGGAGAAGGCUCCCACAGAGGCCGAGACUCAGGCUGGGAAGGAUUCUGAGAUUCAGGAGGUAACUGAUGUAACCGAUGUAAAGGCUGAUGAGAUACCUGUCGCAGAGAAGGAAGACUCUGCUGAAGAUGGCCUGGCGAACAGUGAAGAAGACCUGUACAGAGGAGCUGAGGAGCUGUCAGCGUCACCAGAAACUACGCUUUUAAAGGUGGAGGACAGAUGCAGUUUGGCCCCGGCGGUGGAUAUUUUGUUUUACAGUGAGAGAGAGUGGAAAGGAAAUACUGCCAAAAGUGUUCUCAUUAGAAAGGGUUAUAAGGAGAUGUCCCAGAGGUUUGGCAGCGUGAGGAGAGUCAGGGGGGACAACUACUGUGCCCUCAGAGCCACGCUGUUCCAGGUGCUCUCCCACAGCACCCAGCUGCCUGCAUGGCUGCAGGAGGACAAUAAUAUGCUUCUGAAGCAACUUGAGGCCCAGGAAGGUCUGAUAAGUCAGUGGACAUUUCGUGGAGAAUGCCUGCAGGGAGAUGGGACAGGAGAUGCCACCGUGCAGCUGAAAGGCUACAUGGAGCUUCUCCGAAAUACGUGGCAGGCAGCAGUGGACUGCUCCUCCGCUGUGGAGCGGCAGCAGCUUUGCGAGCGAGUGUUUCAGGGAGGAGAAGAGGAGCUGGGGCUGCUGGAGGCGCUCAAACUGCUGAUGCUGGGCAGAGCGGUGGAGCUGCACAGCUGCAUGCAGGGCGGCGGAGACAUCCCACUCUUCUGCUGGCUGCUGUUUGCUCGGGACUCAUCUGACUGCCCGCGCUCCUUCCUCUCCAACCACCUCAGCCACGUGGGCCUCAGCGCCGGGCUGGAGCAGGUGGAGAUGUUCCUGCUGGGCUACGCCUUGCAGUGCACCAUUCAAGUUUACAGACUGUACAAGGCUGACACAGAGGAGUUUAUCACCUACUUCCCAGACGACCAUAAGGACGACUGGCCGUCCGUGUGCCUCGUCACAGAGGAUGACCGCCACUACAAUGUGCCAGUUGUAGAAGCUGCAAAAGAACUACACUGCUGAUUGCCACUGCAGAGAAGUCUCCUGCCAUACAAACAAAACACUCCUCAGGUCGAUCAAGGUGAAUAGAUUUACGGCAGUUGAAGGAAUAGUUUGACGUUUUGGGAUAUUUGCUUUCUUGCUGAGCGUUAGACGAGACACUGGUUAGCUCAGCACAAAGACUGCAAAACGGGGAAAGAGCUAGCCUGGCUCUGUCUGAAGGAAUGUUUCCAGUCUUUGUGCUGUGCUAAGCUAACCGGGUGCUUGCUGUAGCUUCAUAUUUAGACUUUAGAGUCAAAUCGAUCUAACUCACGGCAAGAAAGCAAAAAAGCGCAUUUCCCAAAAUGUCAAACUAUUCCUUUUAAAAAAGAAUAUGCUGAUUUGAGACCCUGUACAAGAUGUGGUUUACACCCUUUUGUACACACUGUACUGUAUACAGAAUUUUCUAUUUGAGUACAUGUACAUAUAUGUGCAUCUGAUAUUGCGGGGUCAUCUCAGUUAAGUCCAAAUUAGUUUGCAGGGUGUCAUUUUGACUUUAAGGCAGGGAGGAAAAAUGCCCAGAUUUUCUCAGCAACCUCCUUUUGUUUGACAUUUUUCUCUUUAAAAUCCUGAUCAAAACACAGUGGAGCUGCCAACAUAAAGGUUGGUGUUUACACUGGAAUUUGGGCACUUUAAUUUGUGUAUUAAUUUAUUCGGUUUCAUUUAGUGUGUGUGUGUAAGUGUGUGUCUAAGUGUGUAAAAGAUGUUGCCUUUAACCAAGCUGUUCGGAGUGGAAAAACAUGCCAAUGUUGCUGCAAAUACUGGCAACAGUCCCAACCACCAGCCACUGGAUUCAGUAGUAAAUGCUCGCUUGGUCCUCCAUGUUGCCUUAGAAAUAAUGCACAAUAAGAAUGAAUGUUGGUUAUUAUAAGAGGCAACUUUCUUGCCCUAUUUCCAGAGCAGUUUAAGGGGAUAGAUUAACAGUAAAACAUGUAUUUAUGCCAUUUGCAGGAAUGUUCUUUCUCAGUCAGAUUUUUGAAUGGCAUUUAGAUAAAAUUAAAGUACAAUUUUUCUAAAAGUCUUUUCUUUUGUUGGAGCUUUUCCAAAUUUUAUGAGAACUGAUAUUUCAGAAGAUACAGAAAAUGACACAUUACGUCUGUUUGGGGUCUCGUAGACUCCAUCUGUAAAACAUGGUUGAAUACAAUGGAUUUUCCUAUGAUGUGUGA